GCUACUUUGCAAAUAAGUAUGGGUAAAAAUGUCACUCCAUAGCUUUGCAACAAUGGUAGAGACAUAACCAAACCCACAGCUGUAAGUGCUAAUACUGGCUCAGGGGAUCUGAAUAAAGGUGUGCUUUGUUUUAACAAAAAUGAGAAAAGAUUAAAUGGCUAUUAAUAUUUUUACAAGGCUCUGUAAUACUUUGUACUAAACCAUUAAUAGUAAUAAAAUAGGAAAAUGCCUGACCCAUUAAGUGUCAAAAACUUGUCAGGAUUUUGUUGGAGUUAAAUGUAAAUUCUGAACAGUGGAUCGUUUCCUGUGGAGGCAUCUGCCUUUUCCUUGCAAACAAUCAUUCUAAUCCAAGACUAAUCAGGACGAGUUUAAGGUCUAUUGGUGGUUGAACUCCACCUUGUCAUGUCUAAAAUAUAUUCUAACUUAACAGAAAGAGGAACACAGGCAGCAGCAAACAGAAUCACACCUUUCAUAAGCCAAUUAGAUAGCAUAAUCAGAAAUGAGGGCUAGAGUCCAUUGAUCAAGUUGUCAGUUUCUAUUGUGCAAACACAAUCUAACCAAGCAUUUCUAGAACGCAUAACAAAAUAUGAAAACUUAACCUAGGAUAUACUGCCCCUUUUUAGUGGUUGGGGCUUUUCAAUUCCUCUUUAAAAUACCACCUUAUUUCCGUGACAGCUCAUUUACCACAGUUAACUGUUGAAUGCAUAACCUUUCCAGCCAACUGCACCAUGGAUAAUUUUUCCACCACAGCCCCUUCUAAUCUUUCUUCUCAAGGACUUCUACCUCAUCGUGCCUGGAUAUCUAAUGGGCUGAUCCCUGCGAUGGUGCUGUCCCUCUGCUUUCUGCUUGGAGUUCCUGGAAAUAUCGCUGUGAUUAUUUUAAAGCCCAACUGGCAGAACAUGUCCCACGUGAGCCAGAGUUUGAUGCUGAAUCUGGCUAUUUCUGACCUGCUCUCUCUACUGACUCUACCCCUGUGGAUUUAUGCUCUGCUUAAAACCUGGAACUUUGGAUUGGUGGCCUGUAAGCUUCUAGGUUACAUUGUGUACUGUAACCUUUAUGGCAGCCUGCUGACUGUGACGAUGUUGAGUGUACAGCGCUACUUUGUGGUGGUGCACCAAUGGAGGUGCAGUCAGGUACAAAAAAGACUGGUUCUGCUCUGGCUUGUCGCUAUGAUCCUGUCCAUCCCUGCUUUGGUGACUGAACAGCUGCAAACUAACCAGCAGUGGAGAUACUGCUACCCUCAGUUUUCAUCUAAGGCUCAGGGAGUGGCAAUGCUGCUGUCAGAGAUCACAUCUGGAUUUGUUUGCCUUUCUGUGGUGGCCUAUUGCUACAUUCGCCUCCACAGGAAGGUUUGCCAGGCAGCCUUUUUCAACAAUCCACAGACGACCAGGCUGCUAACCAGUAUCAUUGUAAGCAACUUUGCUCUGUGGUCACCUGUUCAUAGCAUAAAUGUUUUGGUUUUGGGAGCUAUAUGCUUUAAAAAUAAUAGCCUGUUAAAAUAUUGUGUAGACAUAUGGGACAUUGUCAAGGGACUUGCAUUUUUAAAUAAUUGCCUUAAUCCACUGCUGUAUGCCUUUACUUCUCAGAAAAUAUGCACAGUUUGCCAAAACCAAGGAAAUACGCAAAUACCAUAGCAAAAACUUUCAUUUACAAUUAAAAACAUAAUUUAUUUUUUAAAGAUUUUUGCAGUACAAGUGGCCUUUAUUUUUCCAGUAUUCUUUUUCUCAAAAUAAGCAGAUAGGAAAUGGGGGGCAGGGAAGGGAAAGACAUAUGGCAAAUGUUCAGGGCUCGAACCCAGGGAGGCCGCAUCGAGGACUGAAGCCUCUGUAUGUGGGUCAUGCACUUAACCCCUACACCACCAGUGCCGCGGCUAAAACUGUAUUCUUGGUUUAGAGAAAAGAACAAAGCAGUGUUGUUAUAUUUCUGUUAAUUCACUUCAUUUAUCAAAAACGGAAAAAAAAGAAAUUUUUAUAUAUAUUUUUUAAUUUUAGGAAAUAUAAGCUAAAAUCACCAGCUACAACUUCUCAUUUUAAUUAUUCUUCAGUGAAUUUUUUUUUUCUUCUGGAUUUUCCUUACUUAUUUUUUCUUGUCUUUGUAAUUUUACCUUGCACCAUUCAGUUUUCUCUUUUGCUCUUAUUAGUUUUUUUUUUUUUACAUUGAACUUGACUUGAUAUGUAUUGAGGUGUAUGAUAUAUUUAGUUAACAUUUGCAUUGGUAAAAACCUAGUUAUGGACUAAAGUUAGUUUCAGAACAUUUGUUAGAGUAAGAACAUACAGGAGCAAACUAGGAUUCAUUUCCAUCCAGCAGUUACUUCGGGCCCAUGUCUCUUUUGGCCUGUUCUCGUCUAACAGUACAUUCCUUCUCCAAGCAAGGAUUGCUUGUCUAUUACAUUUUUGCAUUUGUACCUGCCAUAAUGCUCCUUAAGAAUUUUAACACAAAAUCAAAAUCUAAAAUAAAUUUACUACACUGGAGAGAUUCUGUACUAAAAAACAGGAACAGAAUUAUGUUUGGGCACUUUUUGUGCAUAUUAAAAAGGUCUAUAACAUAUGUUGUGCAUGUGUGACACCUAAAAAUAAAACUUUUCUAGGAUUUGCUUUUGUCAUGUCUUUCUUUGUUUUGUUCACAAAAUAAACCCUGUUUAAAUGAGGAUGAUUGGUUAAGUUAUGCAAACAGAAAGACUAAAAAACUAUGGAUUUGGAAACUAUGUGAUUUUGGUUGAUUAAGAAGCUUAAUGUAUUAUUUUAGACAGAUGUUUAAAGCACACAUCUUCAAACUUAGGGUCUAUGAUAAUAGCUUGAGGCUGCUUGGUGGUGCAGUUGGUAGCACUGUUGCCUUGCACCAAGAAGGUCCUGGGUUUGACUCCUGGCCAGGAGUCUUUCUGCAUGGAGUUUGCAUAUUCUUUCCAUGCAUGCCCUGGUUUUCUCUGGGUACUUUGGUUUCCUCCCACAGUUCAAAAACAUGAUAGUUAUGUUAAUUGGUCUCUCUAAAUUGCCCUUCGGUAUGAAUGGUUGUGUGCAUGGUUGUUUGUCCGGUGUGCCUCUGUGUUUCCCUGCAAUGGACUGGAGACCUGCCCACACUGUUCCCUGCCUAUUGCCCGUAGACUGCUGCAGAUAGGCACCAGCUCCUCCACAACACUGUACGGAAGAAGCAGGUAUAGAACAUGGAUGGAUGGAAAGCACCUCGAGAUAGCUUAGAAUUAGGUCUGUUGUCAAUGGCGUGUGGCAAAAAGUGUCUUAAAGACAAUAUUUAUUUAUAUAUUACAUAUACAUAUAUUAUUAUUUGAAUACACACACAAAAACACACUCCAGGACUAUUAAAAGAUAGUCUUCAACUUUUUAUUCCUGUUUGUUCUACUAUAAUUAAUGUUGAGUUGUUCUCUCUUGCAGUGGUACUUAAUACACAUGUGUUGAAGUGGCAUUUGUCUUGAUAGGGAAAACAUUAAAUGGUGCAGUUAAAUGUCAUAGUGUUCUGUGAUCUAUUAAUACCACAGGCUGUGGUAUUUCACAGCAGGCUGUGGUGUUUCGGGGAGGGGGGGUGGGUGGGUUGCCUCAUCGCUAAAAUACGCUGGCUUGGAACCAGCUUUUCAUGGUUAAUGGUUUGCUUCUGGAGAAGAGGUGGUCUUAUCCUGCAGGCCUCUACAAGUACUACCUUCACAGAUGCUGGUUGUGAAUAAGAGACAUUCGGAGCCCAUGGAAGGUAUGUGAAUUGUUCAAUGUUACCCUGGCAGAUUGCAAGAAAA